GUUGGCUCGCCCGGGACCAGCAAUACACGGUAGGACUUCGAGCGCCACGCGGUCUGUUCGAUGCUCCUUCUUGUUUCGAACAAUCGUGUCUAGGAAACCAAGGUCUUUUCUGCGAUAUGGACUACGGAGUACGACCGGUCAUUUCCUACUCACCAGAUCGACUCUCCGAUUGCUUUGACGCUUGUGUUCACAACACGCAGAUGAUGCAUAACCUGGAAAAAUGGGGUCCAGCACUUCAUAACUUGCGUGGUCAGAAGGGCUAUCUGGAAGGAAUGCUAUCUAAGACUGUGACAACGCUCAAUGCCCUCCGCGACCGACAGACCCGUAACCAAUGCAUAUUGAGCACCAACCCGACUCCCCGCACGAAACGGAAGAAGAUUCAGCAGGACAGAUGGAGAACGGACAAGACGAUCCAGACAUGCGAGAACGAGGAGAAAAUCAUACUCGACUGUCUCCGAGUUUGCGAGAACAACAUUCAGACAUUAGAAGCUAUCAUCUAUCCGCCGGAAUCGUCCUUGAACAGCGCAGAACACUACGGUAGCAACUCUUACGGGGAACUAGACACAGCCUCAUUUGACUGGCAAGGCUGGACAGACGACCUGGUCAUCUCUCCAUUCGAGCGGACACGCACAGGUCCACUGCCGCUGGACGAGGUCUCACCCGAUACGAUGGCUGGCUGCACACAACCCAGAUCAGCAUUUCUUGUGGCGCCGCCAAAUUCCGCAUACACCAAGUUCAUGCCAAGGCCAGAAGCGACAACUUUCAAGCCAAGUGCUGCCCACAUGCAACUGUCCGUCACGCAGCUGGCUAGGGAGUUGGACAAGCUCACUAUUUCUGGCUUCUUGGCUUCGAAGCGUAUGAGUUCGAUCCACAGGCGUCGCUUCUCUGACGAGGCUAUCGCAUUUCGACGCUUCCCGAGCACCGUUGAACCUACACCCACACGGAAGGGCUCAUCCUCGAGCUGGCCUGGCCAGCGUCGGCUUCGUGGGAAUGAAGACAGAGGGUCUGCAGGCAAGGCCAGGCUCAAGAGGUGUAUUUCUAUCUGAGCACGUCACAGCAGGCAUGCAGAUGCCCCUGUGCGAUGUUUGCGUUGUACAUUAUUUCCAAUGGCACUCGACUGGCUCUGGU